ACAUCGCAACCAUCGACUGUUGAUCAAGUUUCUCUCGACAACCUCGCGAGCACCCACACUCGCUCGGCCCCGCGCAAGACAUUCGGAUCGCACGGUAGGGAUGCGCAGAUUAUCAUCAUGUCAAACGUUCUUUCCCUCCUAGGCUGGGCCUUCUUGCCCAAUCUAGUCACCGGCUGGGUACAAGCAAUCUACUACGGCCUAGCCAUUCGCGCCGGCGAUCCAAAACCCCAGCCCGGCACAGCGAAAUACGCAACCCACCGCCGCCGAAUCCACAUCCUCGUCGUCUCCUUCUACCUCCUCUACACCCUCAUCGAGGCCGACCGCACCUUGCGCCUGCAAGGAACCUUCUACACCGACCUCGACGUCGCUGCCAGCGCCCCCGUCCGUAUCAUCAAGUCCCGAUUCCGCAGGCUCGCAGCCGUCUACCACCCAGACAAAGCAGGCACCAAUGGCGCCGACACGGGCGCCGCCGCAGCGCGCUUCAUGCACCUCAAGACCGCCUCCGAGACCCUGUCCGACCCUGCCCGUCGCUUCGCCUACGAGCGCUUCGGUCCGGAGGUCGGUGCCUGGCAGGGCUGCAAGACCAUUCACGACUUUGUCGCGCGCGGUAUCAUGCAGGGUACGGUUCCGUACUACGGCAUCGCUGCCGCUGCGACCUACGGCUUGAGUCUGCUGGGAUACCUCGACUGGGGACGAUACUGGCGGUGGAUCAUCCUCCUCACCUUCUUUGUGGCGGAGCUCAUCGUUGUCACGCGGCCCGAGAUGCCUCCUUUCCUGGCCAUCUUCAACACGGUGCUGAGUACAGCUCUGCGCCGCCCACCCUAUCUCCAGUUCCAGCUGGUUUCGCUUGCACGUCAGGCUGCCGUGACGAUCUACAUUGCCUUUGGCCAGCUCGGUCCUCUGUUGAACUCCCAGGGCCAGGCAGCGCAGAAAGCGGCCGAGAGCUCAGCGGCUGCCGUCGACGAGGGCCUCCAGCGGCUCGAGAUGAUUGCUCGCGGACUGGACGGCGAGACGAGCAGGUUGUUGGAGAUGGAGAUGACCCCGUUUAUUGGCGAUAAGGAGGCGCUCAGCAGCGUACGUGCCAAGGUCAAGGACUGGUUGGUGCAGAACACCAUUAGGGCGGACCCGAUGGUCAGAGAUGCGAUUGGCAAGCAGUUCCAGAAACGCAGGGUUGAUGCACCUGCUGGUGCGAAGGGUAACAGAUAGAGCAGACAACAGACGUGUGUAGACUUUUAGGAGAUCAUCAUUCGGGGGGGUUCCACCCCAUUUUACAAUUCCAAGAUUAGACCUUGGCUUCAUUCCUUGUGAGAUCCUGCUAUUCACCUUUUCCUGUCAUCAUCUGGCGUAACCACAAUGGGUUAUACUGGAAGACGGUC